GUCAUCUGACUCAAUGUUUUUAAGGUUAGAGAAUUGUCAGAGCCAAAUACCUUUUUGGAAGUUUUAAGCCAAAUUGCUUUACUUUUGGAAAAUUGAAAUGCCGAAUUUAAAUAUUUAUUAACGUUGAGUGAUUAUAUUCACAGGUAGCUAGAAAAAUGUCUGAUUAUUUAAAAGUUGGCCAACGAGUUGAAGUUAAGGACCGCGAUGUGCAGGGCGUAAUAGCUUUCGUCGGCCCGACUGGUUUCGCCACCGGGACUUGGAUCGGUCUCGUCUUAGACGAACCUAAGGGAAAGAAUAAUGGCACUGUCAAAGGACAACAGUAUUUUAAGUGUGAAGAAAACUAUGGCUCAUUUGUACGAUUGGGCCAAAUUAUAUUUUUGGAUGAUGAGGGGAAGCCGAUUCCUGUUGAAAUCACCAGUCCCGAAGACAGCACUUUGGCCAAAACGCGUGGUCGACAAGCUAUUGCUGCAAAACCUAAACCUACCACAGUGCGAAGAAAAUCUCCUCAAAAAAGUAUAUCUUCAUUGUCAGCAUCGAGCAGCUCUCGAAUAUCUCUGGCAAGUAGUCGGCAAUCUCUAGCUGGAAGUCGUCAGUCAUUAACAGGUAGUCGUCAAUCAUUGGUCGACAGUAGAAGUUACUUGGCAUCUCCUGUUGUUGAAAAGUCUGCAGAUACUGAGCAACCAAGUCAAAUACCAAAACGGGCAUCAUUCAUAGAGACUGGUUUUGUGGAAACUUUGAAACCCCAAUUUACCCCGGGUCAAGUUAUUACUAGUACCGCUCCUCCGAGUGGGGUCGAGGAAAAGCUUUCUCAGUUGCAGUUACAGCAAGAAGUUGACAAUCGAAGUUUGCAAAUUAAAGAUCUCGAAGAAAAAUUGGAGACCUUGCGCAUUAAAAGGCACGAAGAUAAAGAGAAAUUAAAAGACUAUGACAAACACAAGAUUCAGUUGGAGCACUUGCUCGAAUUCAAAAACAAAAUCAUGGAGUCGCAGGCAAGUCUCCAGAGGGAGUUGCAAAAGGCAAAGUUGGAAGCAAGAGAGGCGAUCGAGGCGCGAGAGCUGCACGCGGAGGAAAUGGCGGAUCUUGCCGACACUAUAGAAAUGGCGACGCUCGACAAAGAAAUGGCGGAGGAAAAGGCGGAAACGCUUCAACUCGAAUUGGAUGCUUGCAAGGAAAAGCUGGAAGAGGUUACCUUGGACCUGGAAAUCUUAAAGACCGAAAUGCAAGAACGAGCAGGAGGAAUAUCUGGCGGUGAAGCGUCGCCGUCGUCCUACGACUUGAAACAGCUCACCCAACAAAAUGAGCGGUUGCGAGAAACUCUCGUUAAAAUGCGCGAUCUCUCUGCCCACGAGAAGCACGGGAGCCAAAAGUUGAUUAAAGAGAUCGAUCAGAAAAAUUCGGAAAUAGCAGAAUUGGGUAGGACGAAGGAAAAAUUGAGUUCAAGGGUCGAGCAGAUGGAGCAGCAGAUCGCCGAUUUACAGGAGCAGGUCGACGCCGCUUUAGGCGCCGAGGAGAUGGUAGUUAUUUUGGGAGAUCAAAAGUUAACGUUGGAGGACAAAGUGGUGAAACUGGAGGAGGAAAUCCGUGAGCUGGAGGCUUUGCAAGAUAUGAACGACGAACUGGUUGAGAGUAAUGCGGAGCUUGAAGCAGAUUUAAGGGAGGAGUUAGAUCUGGCUCAUGGUGCUACGCGUGAGGCUUUACGAGAUCGUGACGCUGCGUUGGAAAUAAUAUCGGAUCGAGAAGUGACAAUAAGUAAAUUUCGGGAGUUGGUACAGAAACUACAAGAGCAAUCGCAAGAUCUCCAGAGUCGCCUAGAAAAGGAAACGAGUCGACCUGUAUCGGCGCUGCCAGAAAUUAUGGACUUCAAGAAAAUGUUUACUGAAACUAAAGCGCACACCAAAGCAAUUGAUUUAGAACUGAGACGCAUUGACGUGCAACAACUGCAGCAGCAAGUCAAAUAUUUAUCUUCAUAUUUACCCGAUACAUUCAUGAAUAGGGGAGGUGACUACGAUGCAGUAUUAACAUUAUUAUUAAUACCGAGGCUAAUACACAAAUCGGAAAUACUCAUCAGUCAAAUUUCCGGUAAAUUUCCUCCAGUUGAAAAAAUUGAUCGUGUCGCUAUUCUGAAGGGCCACACGGUUGAGCAGUAUGCAUUCAGAUGUCGAUUUGUUCAUUAUAUUUACGCGCUGCAGACAAUUCUGCACCAGUAUCAACAUGCUCUAAAUACGUGCAAAUCAGAAGUGCUAUUAAAGGUUGGCGCUUCUUAUCCGGAAAUAGCGGCGCAAGAGAAGGUUAUCGACGGUUUCGUUGAACUCAUUAAACGCGACCAAUUGGACGAAAAUAUUCAUUCGGAAACUAUAGAGAGAUGCGUCAACUACUUUAACACUUUAUACCCCAUUCUUUUGGGGCUAGACAGUCACCAGAAUCAUACAGUUUUGUUAAAUGAUAACAUAAGGGCGCUCACUUGCGCCUGCGAAGGCCUAAAUACCGAUGCUAUGGUCAUUCGUAAUUUCUCUGAAUCUUCCAACAUUGGAGAUAUUGCUUUAUUGAUGCAACAUGUUAUUACCACCGUCGAUCAAAUACAGCAAUCUUUAAAACAAGUUAAACGGAAACUACCACCCGAUCCCAGUGUCACUAACUUGGGUUUGAAUAAAGAAAUUGGAGAGAACUUGUACCAGUGUUAUUUGCAUUCAAGGAAAGUCAUGAAGACUCUUAAUGAUAUUGUAAAGAAUUGCAUUGUAACAAUUGCAGGAGAAAUUGAAAAAAAUAUACCUCACGAAAAAUUAAAAGACCUUGCAAUUAGUGCCAGCGACAAGGUGUAUGAGCAAGAUGAUUUGGGCCCAGUGCAAAGCGUCAAAAAUUCUCUGUCUUUUAUUGUAACCCAAAUUUCACAAAUUUCCCAAUUUCUCCAAGAUAAUGAUUAUAGCAUCACCAUGACCAGCAAAAGUGAAGACAAGGUGAUACCUCCAAUAUUGACGCGAGCUGAAACUGUAAAGAGAGAAUUGGAAGAAACAAAAACUUUAACUAGCAAAUUAGAAAAUAAAGAAUCUGAUCUAAAGGAGCUACGUAAAAUGCUGAAAGAAAAACACGAACAGUUGUCACAGAUGACUAUAAGAAAAGAGUUAGCUGAGAAAAAAUUAGGAAAUGUUAAUAAGGAUUAUGAGUUAACUAUAGAAAAACUUCAACGCAAGCUAGAGGAGGCGCACAAUCAUCACAAGAAGAAGGAAAAGGAGUUUGAAGAAACAUUGGAUCAUCUGCAAAAUGAUAUUGAUUCGCUAGAAACUGAAAAAGGCGAAAUGAAAGAAAAACUGAAGGUGUUCUCGAAAAAAUCAAUUCUGGAGGGAAUGGCUAAAAGUACUUCGGGCUCUCAAUUGAGUUCCUUGCAAUCGCUUGGGCCGAAUCUACCAGCAGUAGUGCGCGAUUCUCCUCUACUAAUACAAGAAAUAGACACUUUGCGCAAAUUAUUUAAUACGGAAAGGGAGAUUAGAAUCAAGUCUGAAAAUGAAGAGCUGUUACGCAUUCUUAACUCUUUAACUCCUCUACCCACUUUUAAGGAGAAGCCGGACAAGGUUCUGGAUACUUUGCUGAAGGAAGGAGCGCAACUCAAACAGGACAUUUUAAUGACCUUGGCCACCCCUAAAUUUCCAUCUAUAUCAAAAAUGAAACCAGGAAGUGGACGGGAAAUGUGGAAAAAGCACUUUGUAGAAGAAGAAGAUAAAAUGCUCCACCUGAAGCUACGCGCGGAUCAGUUUAGAACUAAAGUCGCCGCAGAAAUUGUGAACAGGAAGUUUGGCGGGCAAAUUGAAACUGAUUUUGUCGUCUUUCCUACAUUAGAAAUGACUAAAGCUAUUAACGAAUCAAAGGCUGUGAAGAUCGGUUCGGUGCACGUUCCCAAAUUGUACGUACCUGAUGCAGCGAAGCAGCCGAGUAUUAUUAAUUUGGAGUUAGAUUUUAUUAACUUGCAGAAACUAAUUGGAAAAUUAACUUACGUAUGUUAAAUCUAGUUUAUUGAUCACAACUGGAUUGUGAAUUUAUUUAUUAAUUUAUCGUUCGGUAUAUUUUUGUACUUGUUUGUGCAUUGAGGCAGUGCCAACUUUUUAAUUGUUGCUAAUUAUUUAAAAAUGAUUAAAAUUUCUACAGCUUUCUCUCAAAUGUAACUUUGCAUAAUGGUUUUUAUAGUACCUAGGCCUUUAAUAAAAUAAACUUGAAUCAA